AUGUCAUCGGGUCUUUCUCAAUCAAACCUUACCUUUGGCCGUUCAAAACCCAAUUGGUUUGUUGGAGCCUGGACUUGGACUUUGGCUCGUCUUGACUUGACUGACCAGACUAGAUUAGACCACCUCGACGGCGGCACCCCCGCGGCCCACACUGUAUUCCCCUCCAGGUCAGGGCUGAACGAGCACGACCAACGGAUGCUAUAUCACGACAUUGCGGCGGCCAUCAUCAUGAGGUGCACGCAAGGAGCGGAGGCAACCGCCCAUUACAUCAAGCGUGAUAGGCUUGAAGAGUACCUUGACGGAAUUGCGUGA